ACUUUCCUGGCCUCCAGUUUCCCAUCUUCCUCUACAGAGCUCUUGGGACUUGACAGCCUCCAUACUCCUUUUCCUUUAUAUCCUGGCAUUUGGCUUAGAGACAUUGGAACCAUGAGCAACUACAGUGUGUCUUUGGUUGGCCCAGCUCCAUGGGGUUUCCGGCUGCAAGGUGGCAAGGAUUUCAACAUGCCUUUGACAAUCUCUAGUCUAAAAGAUGGUGGCAAGGCAUCCCAGGCAAAUGUAAGAAUAGGAGAUGUGGUCCUCAGCAUUGAUGGAAUAAGUGCAAAUGGAAUGACUCAUCUGGAAGCCCAGAACAAGAUUAAGGGUUGUACAAGCUCCUUAAAUAUGACUCUACAAAGAGCAUCUGCCACAUCCAAGCCUGAGCCAAUUUCUGUUCAAAAGGGAGAACCUAAAGAAGUAGUUAAACCUGUGCCCAUUACAUCUCCUGCUGUAUCCAAAGUCACUUCCACCACCAACAUGGCCUACAAUAAAGCACCACGGCCCUUUGGUUCUGUGUCUUCACCAAAAGUCACCUCCAUCCCAUCACCAUCGUCCGCCUUCACCCCAGCCCAUGCAACCACUUCAUCACAUUCUUCCCCUCCACCUGUGGCUGCUCUCACUCCUCCCCCAUCCUCUGCAUCUGGACUGCAUGUUAAUGCCAGUCUUAGUGCUGACCGGUGUUCAUCUGUGCUGAGCGCUGGUAAAGCUGCGGUUAAUGUCCCACGGCAGCCCACAGUCACCAGCGUGUGUUCCGAGACUGCUCAGGAGCUAGCAGAGGAACAGAGAAGAGGAUCCCAGGGUGACAGUAAACAGCAAAAUGGGAAAUUUCCACCUAAACGCCCACCACGGAAACACAUUGUGGAGCGCAAUACAGAGUUUUAUCACAUACCCACUCACAGUGAUGCCAGCAAGAAGAGGCUGAUGGAGGACACUGAAGAUUGGCGUCCGAGGACUGGAACAACUCAGUCCCGCUCUUUCCGCAUCCUCGCCCAGAUUACUGGGACCGAACAUCUGAAAGAAUCUGAAGCUGAGAAUACAAAAAAGGCAAAUGAUAUCCAAGAGGCUUCUCACCCGGUGGCUCCCCCUGUGGCCCUAACUCGGAGUGGGCCUGAGAGCUUGGAGAGUGCAGGCCCCAGCAGGCCAGCGCUGGCCAGCCUCACCGCAGCUGCUGUGCUCCAGCCUGUGGGCUCUACCAGUGCGAUCAAGUCUCCAGGCUGGCGGCGGCCGGACCAAGCAGCACCUUCUACUGGAAGAAUGUCAAACAGUGCAGCUUCCUCAGGACCAGGGGUACCAGCAGGCUCAGUUGUAGGGCAGCCCCAGCCAAGUGACCAGGAUACUUUAGUGCAGAGAGCGGAGCACAUCCCGGCGGGAAAACGAACUCCAAUGUGUGCCCACUGCAACCAGGUCAUCAGGGGACCAUUUCUAGUGGCACUGGGGAAAUCGUGGCACCCAGAAGAGUUUAAAUGCGCUCACUGCAAAAAUACAAUGGCCUACAUUGGAUUUGUAGAGGAAAAGGGGGCACUGUAUUGUGAGCUGUGCUAUGAGAAAUUCCUGGCUCCUGAAUGUGGCCGAUGCCAAAGGAAGAUCCUUGGAGAAGUCAUCAAUGCUUUGAAGCAAACUUGGCAUGUUUCCUGUUUUGUGUGUGUGGCCUGUGGAAAACCCAUUCGUAAUAAUGUUUUCCACUUAGAGGACGGUGAACCCUACUGUGAGACCGAUUAUUAUGCCCUUUUUGGCACUAUCUGCCAUGGAUGUGAAUUCCCCAUAGAAGCUGGAGACAUGUUUCUGGAAGCUCUAGGCUACACCUGGCACGACACUUGCUUUGUGUGCUCAGUAUGUUGUGAAAGUUUGGAAGGACAGACAUUCUUCUCCAAGAAGGACAAGCCACUCUGCAAGAAGCAUGCUCAUUCUGUGAAUUUUUGAAAGUCAACAGUUAGGAAAAGAAGAAAUUUGAAGAAAAAAGAGGAAAGUUUAAAUUACCAAUUAAUUUUUAGAUAUAAUAUUUAUAUGGAGUUCUGAAAAUAGUAGUGGCCCCAAAGGGUUAAAUUCCAACAUUACAAACCAAGUCUGUAAUGAAAUAUUUGGCUUUGUAAAGGAAAGAAACAGCUUGGCAUUUUUUAUUACUUUUUUCUAUAUUUUCUGCUCAUAAAAUAACCUUUAUAAAAAUAAUUUUCCUGGUCGACUAUUAAAUUCAUCUUAGAAUAAACUAGCAAAGAAUUAAAUUUUAGAAUAAAACCCCCAGCCUCCAUGCUGAAGUAAGUACAUUUUCUUUCCUUCUUCGGUAGUUUGGAGUAGAUCUGCAAAGGGCAAUGAAAAUGCCUUUAUUAAUAAGAGAAUCAUUGUUUUUUUAAAAACUGGUUAUCUGUAAAACAGCAAGUAGGAGUUCAAACAAUUUUAUCAGUAGGAAGUGUCAGUUUUUAAACAAAUGGGUGUACUUUUAUUUUUAAUUAGUUGAUCA